UGCCGUGGCCGUGCCGUGCCCCGCGGCUCGCCCGCCCACCACCGCCGCCGCUGCUCCCCCCCAGCUCGCUCUGCAAGAUGGCGGCAGCAGCCGAGCGCGGCGCGGAGCUGCCCGCGGAACCGCCGCGGGGGUUUCGGCCGCCACCGCUGGGCCCCGAGGAGGUGGCGAGGCGCCUGGCGAGCACCCGGCGGGAGCUGAGCAACAGGCGCAAGAUCUUGCUGAGGAACCUGCCGACCGAGAGCAGCAGCCAGGAAAUCCACGACUUAUUUAAAGAUUACGAAAUCAAGUAUUGUUAUGUGGACAGAAAUAAAAGAACAGCGUUCGUUACUCUGUUAAAUGGAGAGCAGGCUCAAAACGCAAUUCGGAAAUUUCACCAGUAUUCUCUUCGGGGAAAAGAAAUAUCCGUGCAACUCCAACCAACAGAUGCUUUGCUGUGCAUUACUAAUUUGCCCAUUUCAUUUACAUUAGAAGAGUUUGAAGAACUUGUGCGUGCGUAUGGCAAUGUCGAGAGGUGUUUUUUGGUCUAUAGUGAAGUUACUGGCCAUUCAAAGGGCUAUGGCUUUGUGGAAUACAUGAAAAAGGACUCCGCUGCAAAGGCGAGACUGGAACUUCUGGGGAAACAGUUAGACGAGAGCACUCUCUUUGCACAGUGGAUGGAUGUGAACCAGCUGACGACAAAUCUUAUUCACUCCAAGUGCCUUUGUGUAGAUAAAUUUCAAAAAGACUACGUUGAUUCAAAAGAACUGAUCCAAGCUUUCUCACUAAAGUAUAAACCUGUUUUCUGCCAGUUUGCUCAGGAUGAAGACAGUUAUAUCGGUGACUUCGCGGUGAUUGAAUAUGAAACUGCAGAGCAGGCUGAGAAAGUACAAGAAGUCACCGAUGGCAUGACGAUCAAAGGCAAGAGAGUCCAGGUGUCGUACUGUGCUCCGGGAGCGCCAGGCAGAAGCACGUUAGCAGCGCUUAUAGCAGCGCAAAGGAUGAUGAGGAACAAUAGGAAAGGCUUGCUUCCAGAGCCAAAUCCAGUGCAGAUUAUGAAAAGUUUUAAUAAUCCGGCAAUGUUGCAAAUGCUACUGCAGCCCCAGUUGCGUGGACAUGCUGUGAAACCUGUUCUUGGAGCAUCUGCAGGUUUACCUCACCUGAUAAACUCAGCAGUCGGCCCACCUUUUUUGCAGUUGAAUAAAGUUCAUCAGAGUUCAAUUCUGGGGAGCACAUCUAACUUACUGCUGCAGAGCCCCGCUCACCUACCCUUGCCACAGCAGCAGCUGAUGAAGAUUGAAAACCUUCAGGCUAAUAGUAAACCGGGUUUGCUGGGAGAACCUCCAACAAUGCUACUUCAGACAGUACUGGGAAUAGGGGUAAUGCCAUCAGUGAGUUCAGGCAUGGGAGCCCGUGGAGAAGCUCUUAAGUCAUCUAAUCUGACUCCAAUUCAAACAGCAGCGGCAGCAGCGGGGAUGGGCAUGCUGCCAUUCUUUCCGAAUCAGCACAUUGUUGGACAAGCUAUACCAGGGCAAAAUAAUGCUCCAGAUAAACAAUCAACUACCGAAGCGGUUGUCUCGGGAUCACAGCCUUAUCAUCAGACCUUAACAAAUCUUUCUGCGGGAGCUUUGCGGGCUGGACAUGCCAAACAACAAAAUCAACUAAAAAGUCCUGAUACCAGUUUGGGGACUCCCUUGAAAAAACAGACCUCGCUGCUAGGAGAACCACCGAAAGAAAUACGUCUUAGUACCAACCCCUACUUGAAUUUGGCAAGUGUGUUGCCUGGUAUAUGUCUUCCAGCAAUUGCCAGCAAAGCCUCUAGUCCGCCACAGCAGACCGGACUUCCGAACAACAUCGUGGAUGCUGCUGUGUCUCAGGGAACUACAUCACAACAUGCAAUGGAAAAUUAUUUUAGUUACUCUCAACAGCAUGGGGAGUACACACAGGUGGCUCCAACGAGAAGCGAGAAGCGAGGCUCUUCGUACCUCAUUUCCUCCCCGGAACCUGGCCCCAUGGAGUACCUUGGCCAGCAGACUCAGGGCUCCGCAGUACGUUACGCAGAAUCCUCGCUGAAAAAAAAGCGCGUUUAUUGAGCCCUAAAUAACCACUCCUGCCUUUGGGCGCGAAGGUGGGCUGUUCGUACCUCUGCUAUUUAUUGCUGCCUUAACUUCAGACAAAUAAUUCUUCUUUCUGUGGGGGGGGGUUGUAAGUAUCCCAAGAGGAACAACCUCCUGUAACGGGCAAAUUUGCCAAGGAAAGGGUACGUCUUGCUACGAGGUUAGCAUUUCGGGGUAGUCUGACUUGCCUUCUGAAAGGCUGGGCUGGCGUUUCCUUUGUCGUCUGCCACUGACAGUUACAGUGGGCUGGAGCUGACGAAGCAAAGUAACACGGUGAGUUUUGGUCGCUUACCAGCCGAAAGCAAUAAAAAUACCGAGGCGGGAACGCUGAGCCUUUCUCUUGUCCUCAGACUGAGGAAGUUAAAAGAUGAAGUCUUGAUAGUAAUUUUUUUCUUAUUUUUUUAACUCAGAAUGCGGGGUUUUUUUCAAUCUUUACUUUUUCCAGGAUUGAGAGGUCUGCAUUUACAGCCUUUAUAUUUUUAGUAUUUCUCUUAAUCCUGGAAUGGAGAUAUACCAAAUGUAUUACCAGAGCCUCUGUGAUGUUUUUUUCAAUAAAGGUUUGUUAAAAGUAAGAUGCUAUACUGUGUGCUGCCUUGCAACAUUAAAUUCGAUUUGGAUAGGUGAUACUUGGACAAUGAAGUAACCUUUAUUCUGCUUUUAGGCCAAGAAUCCGCAGCUUUUGCUCGAAGUAAUUUACAGUUUGGCAAUGCCGCUGUGUAGAACAGGGCAUGUGGCAAAGCACCGUCCCCCGCUCUGCCGGGCGUGCUGUCGGUACGGCAGGGCUGCGGCUACGCCAGCAGGUGCUGGGACAUUGGUAAAGAGAACAGAAAGUGGAAGAAAGCAGGUGCCUGGUGUCUUUUUUCUGACCUUUUCUGAAUCUGGAUGAUUCAGCGUUGGAGCAGGAGCAAUACUGACGUGCUCCACGGUUGGUGUCAUUAAUCUCACCUUCCUGCUCUUCAUUGUAUUAUUUGUUUUUUUUCCAAGUAUCUUCACUUUAGGAAUGUGCUGCACCCCAGCGAUGACCCGCAGCAGCAGAGGAGCAGCCUGGCUCUGGUUUUCACGCUUUCUUACAUCUUCUCUUUUGCAUGAGGUAGGUCUCGUUAGCAGGGACCGCUCCUCACUCACCUCUCCCGGGUGUACGGGCCCGGCUCACCCCCCCCGGCUGGGACCUGGGCAGCCCGUGCGUGUGUCAGCACAGCCCCACCUGGCACCACACAGACGCUGGUUCCCAGCUUGACUGUAUUGCUGUUUUUCUUCUGUUUUUUAACAAAAAAAAAAAAGACUUUGUAUUUUUAGCUUAUUCAUUAAGCAACUCAGGCGAGAGUCUUUCUUUUCUGCUGUUAAUCCUUGUAGCUGAAGACUUGGGACUCGUUACUGUUGAAAUCAUUACAUUUGAAAUCAGAGUUUGUGUCAGAUAAACGGGGAGCCAGCCCUCUGUGCCGCAGCGGGGUGCGGGGGGAGGUCGCUGCCUUGGAAUCCUCUCCCCAGUUCAUUUGCCCGGAAUUCGCUGAGCAUUGAGGCCAGAACCCGGCUCCGUCUCGCUUCAUCUUGCUAGAUAAUACUGAAGCCAUUUUUCAAUACUGAUUUUUAAUUUUAUUUUUUUUAAAAAGUCUUAAACUUUGCCUUUCAAGCUUUGUGAUGUGACCAAGAUACAUAUUUUCAAAGGUUAAACACUCCCCCCACCCGGAGCGGUUGGGUUGUAGCGCGAGCACACGCUGCGCCUACGGGCAGUAACUGCUUGUGACGGCCAAACAGCAACGCGGGUUAGAGCAGCUCCUCUGGGGUUCCACAUGGGCGUAUUGCUAAAUUCACUUGUAAUAUUUUGUUCAAACUCUUUGUAUAUGCAACUUUCUCACCUUGUUACGCUUUUCAAUGA